CCUGAGCGAUGUGCGGUGCGUCGAACCGCGCAGAUAACAUGUUCCUGUGUGGUUGUAUUUUCACCAAAAAAUGAAUAAUGGACGGGUGAUUUGAAGGCAGCGGCGUACCGGCAUGGAUGCCCGUUGACUUGAAGGAAAUAGCCUAUAUGGAUUGGAGCUCAUCAUCGCCGGAGCAAAUCUGGGGAGAGUCUGAGAGUGCUGUGGAAGAGGAUACCUCAUCCAACAUCACAGGUCACAUGACAGAUCUGUGUAGUGAUGAAACAGACAACUCUCUUCCUCUUCAGCUUCACACACUCAAGGAGUUUGAACAGCACCUGAAUGACCUGAAGAAGGAGAACUUCAGCCUCAAGCUCCGCAUCUACUUCCUGGAGGAGAGGAUACAGCAGAAGUAUGAGGAGAGCAGUGAGGAUGUCUACCGCACGAACAUCGAGCUGAAGGUGGAAGUAGAGAGCUUGAAGCAGGAGCUCCAGGAGAAACAGCAGCUUCUAGACAAAGCCCUCACAACAGCAGAGAGCUUGACCAAUCACAAUGAGGCAGAGCUGCAGAGACGGUGUCAGGAGAGACAGCAGGAAAUUGACCACAUGCAGCAAGUGCUUGAGACCAAGAUUCAGCUCCUGCAGGAGGAGGCCCAGCUAGCACGCAGCGAGGCUGAGCGGAUGGCCUCACUAGCUGGAUCGCACUCCCACGCCUCCCUACUCUCCCUAGACACCCCCAUGGAGGACAUCCCAGAGGAUGAGAGGCCUCCGAGCACCCUGUCCCCAUCCAACACCAACAAAGACAGGUUAAUAGAGGAGCUGACUAAAGAGCUUCGCUCCAAAGAGGCCCUCAUCACAGAGCUGAGCGGAGAGAAGACGACCCUCACACUCAGAGUGGGAGAGCUGGAGGGACAAGUUCAGGAGCUGUCUUCAUCACUGCUGCAGAAGGACAAGGAUGUGGAGUACUAUCAGGAGGAACUGGGCCGAGAGAGGCUGCGCAUUGAACAGGAGAUGCAGAGUCUUGUUGAGGAGCAGCAAAGUCAGCUGAACCAGUAUGAGUGUGCGGCUGGUCAGUGUGUCAGCGAGCUGCAGAAGGCCCAGCUCCAGGUCCAGUCCCUGCAGGCCAAGAUCCACGAGAGUGAGGCCAAUAAUAUGAAGCUGCAGGAGAAGCUGAAUGAGAUGGAGUGUGAGCUGCGGUCACUCCGUCAGGCUGCUCAGAGUCAGGAGAGAACAAUUCAGGGCCUCACGGAGUCUAUUAGCACCAAAGACAGUGAGGCUCAGGAGUUGUACCAGAUGAUUGAAGGGCAAAACACCACCCUAUGUAAGCUGCGAGAAAUGGCCCAUCGCAACCAGCUCAGUCAGUGCAAGGCUCCAGAGGGGGUCAGCGAGUCCUUGACGCUCUCUCAGCUGCAGGGCGAGCUGGUCGCGGUGCAGAGCUCCCUGUUCUCCCUUGGUCUGGAGCUGGAGGCCAGCCAGAGGAGUCUCAGACAAAGCCAGAGACAAGGAGAAGACCUGGCGAGGUUCAAGGACAGACUAAACUCUGAUCUGCAGGAGGCACUGCAGCACAGGGAGGUCACUGAAAAACACAACCAGGACCUGCGCUGCGCCCUUCAGAAAACUCACUCUGAGCUUCAGGCUAAAGAGGCAGCCCUGAAGGAGAGCGAGGCAGAGAAACACACUGUGGUGCAGGAAAAAGACAGAAGCAUCGCACAGCUCGAACGCUCUCUGCAGGACAAGGAGCAACAGUUACAGGAGUACUCAGACAUGUUGGAAUCGACAGGAGGCUCCAAACCGAGAGAUGCUCUGCUGGAGAAACUGAGAGAGCGUAUUAAAGAUAGAGACAGAGCUCUGGAGCACUCCAUCGAUGACAAGUUCCGCUGUCUGGAGGAGCGUGAGGGCCAGGUGAGGAGGCUGCAGUUGGCUCUCAGGGAGAAAGAACGAGACUUAGAGAGGCUGCGCUGCAUCCUGUCCAACAACGAAGAGACCAUCACGAGUCUGGAUGGCUUGGUGCGAGGUAAAGAGCUGGAGCUGGAGCAGGCGGCAGAGGCCUACAGGAACCUCCAGUGGCUGAAGCAGCAGUGUGAGGAGAAGGAAAGAAACACUCAGAGAGAGAAAGACAGCAUCAUUAACCAGCUGCAGGCAGCCCUGCAGAGCCGCAGCCAGGAGACACAGGAUCUGACAGCCGCCCUUGUUGCCAGAGUCCAGGCUAGUCCCACUGAGGUCGUGGAAGAGCUGAAGGCUCGGCUGGCACUCAAAGAGAAACUGUUCCAGGAGCUGCUGUCAGACCGCAGCCGCCAAUCUAAUGAACACCAAGCACAGGUCCAGGAUCUGCUCAACACUCUCAGCUCCAAGGACCAGUAUCUGCAGGACUACUCCUACAGGCUGUCUCUGGUGAUCAGCGAGCGGACCGGCCAGCUGCAGGAGCUCCGCAGGCAGCUGUCGUUAAGAGAGCAGGAGCUGUGCGAGCUGAGGCGGGACAAAGAGAGGGAGAUGGGAGGAGAGACGGAGCAUCUGCGGAGUCUGCUCAAAGAGAAGGAAGCCUUUAUCAAGGAGCUGAUGCAGGGCCAGGAGGAGGCGAGCCAACUGUCUUCUAAAGAGAGUGAGGCAGAGAUGAAGGCCCUCCAGGAGGAGCUGCAGCUGGUACUGAAGAAGGAGAGGGAGGCUCAGGAGGAGCUCUCUGCACUGCGCUUAUCUUUGGCUCACCAGCAGGUCGAAGGAGGUGCCACAGAAGACAGCCCAGAUCACCAAUGUGUGCUGGAGCAGCUUGUGUCAGAGUACAACAAGCUGAAUGACGCCCUGAGGGCAGAGAAGAGAUUGUACCAAAGUCUCACACACAUUCACACCAAGACCGACAGCAGCUCAGAGAAGAUCCGGACCCUCCACACUGAGUUAGACUCGGUUCAGGCGCUCCGCGGGCAGCUGGAGGAUGUCUUGGCCAGGACCCGUAACAUGGCCUUGGUGCUGGAAAGGGCAGCUAAAAGGCAGCCUGACUUUGGAGAGCUCAGCACGGAGGAAGAGGAGGAGGAGGGAGACGAUGAAGAUGGCAGCAGUGACGAGUUCACGGACAGCAUAGAGGAGGAUGAUGAUAAGGUGACAGCCAGAAGUUUGUCCUUCAUUCAGACGUCUGUGAAGCUUUGUGAAUCCGAGGGUGUGACUGGAGGGCUUGCGAGGGGGGCACUGUCCCAGAGAGCUGAUGUAGAGCAGCUUGAGGAAGCAAAGAAGACACUUGAAAUCCAGCUUGAGGAAAUAAGGUUACAACUGGACAGGGAUGGAUUCACCUCUGUGGCCCAGAUGAGGAGUGCACUGCAGAGGCUGCAGGAGGAGAACAAGGCUUUGAGAGAAAGCCAAGGACGAGCUGGAGUCCUGGGACUGAGGACAAACACAGAGAAGAAUCACAGGGGUCUGAGCCGGGAGGAGGAAGAAGAGGAGGAAGACGAAGAGGAGGAUAUUGAGGAGGAGGAGGACGAAGAGGAGGAUAUUGAGGAGGAGGAGGAGGAGGACGAUGAAGAGGAGGAGACAUCUCCCAUGCUGGUGGGGAAGCGGGGUCCUCUGUGUGGCAGUCUGAGUGAGGAGCCGGGGAAGAGGCACUGCACCAGGCCAAGCUCUCUGGACCUGGGCACGCUGACGUCCCAUCGUCCUGAGACGGAGGCGGAGCCUGUUGGUAACAGCGGUGAGGUGGGAGUGCUCUGGCAGGAUAUAGAGGGGGGUCUCCGGGAGCAGGCGGCCCGCCUCCGCUCAGAUCUGGCCCUGAGCCACCAGGAGAACAGAGAGCUGCAGGAGAGGCUGAUGGUGUCUGAGGCCACGGUCCACGCUCAGGCGGAACAACUGAAGGACUACAGAGAUCUGCUCACGGAGACAUCGGUCCAGCAGGCCAGUAAACAGGUGCAGGUGGAUCUUCAGGAUCUGGGUUAUGAGACUUGUGGUCGCAGUGAGAACGAAGCUGAGAGAGAAGACACCAGCAGCCCUGAGUUUGAUGACCUGGAGAUGUGCACGUCGCUGUCCCAUCAUCAGGACUAUGAGGGUGUGGGCAGCAGCUGGUACGCUGGUAGUAACAGCAGCAGUAACAGGGGAGUAUAUGAAAUGGGGGAUGAGUCAGCCUCUCUCCAGCAUCUGGUCCAGGACCUGCGCUCCCAGCUGACCCGCUGCCACAAGGUAAUCCGCGGGCUUCAGCUGCGUGUCCGCUCCCUGUCUGCCACCAGCGACUACGCUUCCAGUCUGGAACGCACCCCUCGCAAGGUUAACUGGGCCUUUGAGACAUCACCUGCUCCCAGUGGCGUGGAGGAGGAUGAAGGCUGGAUGUCUGACACACAAGGGAUUCGCUCAGGGUCCAAACCCAGCAGGGAGCUACAAGAACUGGUGGCACGAGUUGCAUCGCUGGAGGCGCAACUGAAGAACUCCAGACUGGAGGGAAAAGGCCAACCAGAAGAGGCGAAAUGUGCCACCUGGCCUGGGAAGUACAACUCUCUGAUCCAGGCACAAGCUCGUGAGCUGUCCCACCUGAGGCAGAGGAUGAGAGAAGGGCAGGGAGUCUGCCAUAUCCUCACCCAGCACCUGGGUGAUACCACUAAGGCCUUCGAGGAGCUGCUGCGAGCCAAUGAUAUCGAUUACUACAUGGGUCAGAGCUUUAGAGAGCAGCUGGCACAGAGCACUGCCCUGGCACAAAGAGUGGUCACCAAGAUCAGUGGACGCGACCGUGCAGACAGCCAUGAUGACAAGAUGGGCCAUGAAUUGCUAGCCCUACGGCUGAGUAAGGAGCUGCAGCAGAAAGAUAAAAUCAUUGAGUCGCUCCACACCAAGCUGCAGCAGCGUCCUGAGACCCCCUCCAGCUGCCACGCCCUUUCUGAGACCACCGACCAAUCAGACAGGACCUCCUUGGUGUCUGACGAGUACAGAACCAACGAAGACUUGGAGCUGUGCUCUGAUUUAGACGCCAGAGAGUAUCAGGAGGAGCACCGGCUGCAGCAGCCAGGACACGGAUCAGAGCCAGACGUCCGUCCAUCUUUCCCUCCUCCCCAUGGCCUCCUCAAGUCCUCCAGCAGCUGUCCCAACAUGCUUUGCUCAGCCCCUGUGGCUUUGGCCAGUCAGUCCUCCAGAGCCCUUUUCAGUGAGCCUGUCUCCUCCUUCCUCUCUGUCCCCUCUGGCCCUGACGUCUGGGGUAAGGAAGUCACUUCUGACCCCCGGCCCAGGGCCCUGUCUGUGAUCGCUGUUCGCCCAGAGCUGGACACGCUCUACAAACAGAUGAAUGAGCAGAACAGGGGCUUUGCAGUUCCCCAUGACAAGGCUCUGUUCGCUCUCUCACCCGGUGCCCACAACCAGCACGACCUCUCCAGUUACAGCCAGCUAUCCCAUCAUGCCUUUCAACAGUACCAGCUGGGUGGCAUCCCUGAAAGCCACUCUCUGAAGUCUGACUCAGGUCUAGUGACAGGAGGGACUUUGUGGGACAUGGAGAACAUGGUUCACCCGGCUGGAAGCUAUUCUGGAUCAUCUGGACACCAGCCAGGAGGCAGCCAUGCAGGAGUAAAUUUGAUAGAGGAGCACCUGAGGGAGGUGAGAUGUCUCCGUCAGCGUCUGGAGGAGUCCAUUAGGACUAAUGAGAGGCUCAGACAGCAACUGGAGGAGAGACUGGCCAACACUGGGCGUGAUGGAGGAGCACCAACAAACAUCUACAUACAGGGACUGGACACAGUCACUCAACUGUCCAAUGAGAUCAGAGUCCUGAAGGAAGAAAACUUGGCUCUACAGUCACGCCUACAGGCCAGCACAGACACAUGUGAGGAGCUGGUGCAGCUGCGGGAGGCCGUGUUCACAGCGCGGGCCCGUCUGAAGCAGGCAGAGCUGGAGGCCGAGCAGUGGAAGGAGGAGCUGAGGCGACUUCAGACUCACAGUCAGGAGCAGGGACAGCAGAUACACACACUAAGGCAGGAGCGACAGGCCAGUCAGGAGAGAACCAACAGGCUCCAGCAUGAGGUGUCUCUUCUGCAGCAGCAGCUAUGUGAGAGCAGGGAGCUCAUCCACUCCCUGCAGAGUGAACUACACGUUUACGAUCGAGUGUGUUCCAGCACGAAGGCCAACAAAGGCUACCUGUGUGAGCUCCCAGGUCUACCAGUGGAGCUGGGGGAGCUGCUUGGCGAGGUGAGGAGCCUGCGUGCCCAGCUGCAAACCAGCGUCCAGGAGAACAGCGCCCUCAAACAGCUGGAGCUGCACAAGCAGCUGGAGCAGAAGCUGGGUGUCGGCUCUCCUCGCACUCCAUCCCUCUCUGCCCUCACUGCCAGCCCUCAAAGAGAGAACUUCUACAGGCGACAGCUGCUGCACGACCCAGCUCCGUCUCCACCAGUCAGGGACAUUGGUCUGUUUAACUGUGGAUCUCCUGGUCCUCCCUACUCAGACCUGGACGACAGCCAUAGCACUGCCAAUGCAGACCCUCUGGACCCUCACUCUGAGCUGGAGGGGGAGGCCCCCGACGGAUCGUUCGCGAACCGUAACGGCCGCCACGCCAUCGGUCAUGUGGACGAUUUCAGCGCUCUGCAGCAGCAGGUCCUGGAGGGCCGGAGCCUCGUCCAGCGCAUGGAGACGACCCUGCAGGCCUGCCUCGGCCCACCACUGCUGGAGGGCAACCAGAAACAGAACGGCGAACUGGUUCUGGACUAUGGAUGUGUGAAGAGUCUGCUGUCCAACACCCGGACUCUGAGGCAGAUUCUGGAGGAGGUGAUGUCUCUGCUGAAGAUGUUCUGGAGGGCAGCUCUGCCCAGCACUGAUCCCUCCGUCCAAAACCUGAAGAAGGAGCAGUGUAUGCAGGAGGAGAUCCUGUCCCUGAAACUGCGUAUGUCAGAGCAGGAAGAGGUUCUUAAAGGGACGAUUCAGAGACUGAGGAGCACCAGCCGCACCAAGGAGAGCAUGGAACACUUCAUAGUUAACCAGUUGUCAAGGACUCGCGACGUGCUCAAGAAAGCAAGGACAAAUUUAGAGAAGAAUGAGCAGAGACUUUCCUCUCUAAGCUCCUCCUCUUCCUCUCCUUAUGCUGCUGAGGACCCAGGAGGUGCUGCCAGAGAGCAGCCUGCUGAUCGCAGUUUCCUGAAGACCAGCGGUGCCUCCGUCGCCCCCGGGGCUGCGGCCAAUCAGCGUCCAGCGGCGAGGAAGCGCAGCAGCCAAUGCCUGCUUUAGACUUUUAAAAGAACCAGCCUCAACGCUACCACCUCUGACCUCUAACCUCUAUGCUGAAACAGCCAAGACCCCUCUCCCACAACAGCCCACCCUCCUCCCAGCCCUCCACACCGACCUGCCCUCCUCUCUCAUUCAACACCCCACCCCCACACACACACACAGCCUCAGCCAUGAGAGUGCUUCCAUCCUUCCCUCCCUUGGGCAAUAUGUGCAACAGUAUAAUCUGCACCUUGAGCCUUACCAGACUCCAUUCACUCUCUCACCAUUUUUGUCACUCUCUGACCCCCCCACCCUCUGCCACACGUAUCAUUGUCUUUGAGUGAUGCAGUCAGCAGUUUGCCUUGUCGUGUGUGUGACAGAAGAAGGUCUUUGAAAUGUGCUUCUGAUGGUUUCAGUGACGUGCGUCCUACUGAUGGAGCUGGUUGAAGAUGCUCUUAGACACUGAUCUCAGACCAGAUCUUUUCCAUCAUAGGGUUUAUCACAGAAACAGGUAAUUAAACAGUCAGUUACCUUGUAUUUUUGGAAAUUUAGACAAAGAUUUUACAUUGGAGGAUUUAAAAUCUUAGACAUAGAGAGAACUAAACUUGAGACUUAAAUAAGAAGUUUCUGUAAUGCGCCCCCAGAUCUGUCUGUAAGAGCAUCCUCUCCUGAGAGCCAGGCAGCCUGUGGACUAAAUAGAUGUUCAUGCAUGUUUAAAAUGGCUUGUGAGAGGGAUUCUGCACACAUAUCUAUGUGCGUGUGAUCGAACACAGCUCACUCAAAGACAAGAGAUUGUCAACUACGACUGCCACAGAAAUGUUUACUUCUUGUGGCGCUUUUAUUAACGAGGACAUCCUUUUUUUUGCAAAUGCAAUGCAAAGAACAAUGACACCCACAAUGUAUCACUACAGACACAGUGGAGGAAUGUAGAGGAGGUAGGUGAUCACUGCUACAUAGUUGUGUACUAGCUGUAUCUGUAUUUGCGGAGGAAGCUUACGAAUGGUAUGUCAGCCAUCAGCCAAGGGUUAUGAAUAGCAGAACAAAAGGUUCCAUUUCAGUCACAAGCCUCCUCUUUUAACUCCUAGUGGUGCUUUUUUGGCAUAAAACUGCAGUCGUGAAAAUAAUGAGGACAGGAGAUUUGGUUAAAUUCUAAAGGACACUCUUCGAUUGAUUUCUAAGCAGGAUGUACACCACAGUAUGUAAAAAAAAGAGGUUAAAGUGCUCAAAUGGAACCAGGCUAAACACGCGUAUUCAAGCUCCUCUGUAGGAGUUCUCAUACGAGCAUGUGCAAUAAUAACGUUGUUUCUUGAAUGAUCAUGCUGCACCGGGUUAUUAUUAUUAUUUCUUUGCCUGACACUGGAUUAUUAAUCACACUCAUGAUAACGUUAGGACACGAUCUGUGUAAUGAUUGUACUUUUUUCUGAAGUGUUGAUGCAUGACAGAGAUUAGUAGAUGGUCAAAAUUUAAGAUGUGGAAGAAGGGAUUACCAAUACUUGCCAAAGUUUGAACUUUGAACUCUUUACUUCACUUUGACUUGCCUUAUCCAUGCGAAUGACAAACUGUUGGAUCAGACUGAAGGGAUACAGAGGUGUCUUCUUGUCAGAGGGCCUCUGGAACCACAGAGACGGUAACCGUUAGACAGCGUUAGACAGAAAUGAGCUCCUUUUUUGGACCAAAACUCAACAGUGGAUAUUUCCCAUAUGGCCAUAUGCUAUAGUCUUUGUGUUAUUUCUCUUGGUUCAGGCCGUCUCAGCAUUCCCAUGGCAAUGGCAAUAUAGGUUAUCAAGUUCUCUUAGAUGAUACAAACUUUGGCAGGGUACUGGUGGGAUCAUUAUUCUGUAAUUCACUCACUUAUAACAGUUCGACAUCAUGUUUAGUUUGAUGUGUUUUCUUGCUGUACAUUUGCCAUUUUAUGCUGUAAAUAAUCAGCUUUUUCUGUAUGAACUUUACUUUUGUGUGGGUGUGUGUGUGUGCAUGUGUGUGUGUGCGUGUGUGUGUGUGUGUGUGUGUGUGUGAAAAAACAUCCAACAUUUGCUUUUUGCAAAGUUGAUUAUCUGGGUAGCUGUGCAAUAGCUUUAUAUAUUUUAUUUUGAUGUUAAACAUCGUUGUAUCACAAUAUGUUUGCUACAUUCACUCUUUGCAAUGUAUGGUUUAUAUGCAGUGUAAGGUAGAGGAUUAUGUCACUUUGAAUCAAGUAGUCACAUAGAUGUGUCUGAUAAGAAAUCAUCAACAAUGCCUUUCAUGAUAUGUAAGACACUGAUCACAAUAUCGUCCACCUAUAACAAAGCUCUGAUUAAUGUUGCUUCGCUUGCCUUUAAAUUUAGCUUGAGAGCUUCUCCACUCUGCUCUCAUUGGUAGAAAUGGCCUUGAACUAGCGCUAGUCUACCUGAGAUCUGCCAAAUUAGGUUUUAUUUGCGCUCGAGUUUCCAGAAGACAAAAGUUGCCAAGUAUUUCAGUAGAGGUAAAAAGUGUGGUAUUUCCUUUUGAAAUUAAUGACGUUAAAGGGAAACGUUUUGAAUAAUUGUCUACUGUAAAAAGAAAAAGCCAAUGACCUGAAAGAUUGUGAAAUGCUGGAUCCACAAAGCACCUUGUUAGAGCGUAAACAAAGCCUUAUUGCUAUUUGUUAUUAAGAAGGGAAUCAAACAGCUGUUUGAAACAAUGUAUUGUUGGUCCUGAGUUGCAUAUGUAUAUACUGCUAUUUGAUUGGUGCAGCUUUUAUGUGAUUGGAAAGCAGCUUUGUUUCUGAGUUUGUGUAUAAUGAACUAGAAAGCCGAUACAGGACUCAUAUGGAUCCUGUCUCUGAUGACAGUUAACAGUGUGUUGUGUUGGCACAAGUAUUAUCAUUGAAAGAUUUUAGGAAGGAAUGAAUAAACACUUAAAAAGCU